UGCUGUUGUGUGUGUGUGUGUGUGUGUGUGUGUGUGUGGUGAAGUGAUAGGCGUGACCUGAGGCGCACAGAAAGCUCCAGCACUGCCAGACUGCUGUCAUACUCCACUCUCCAGCUCUGCGUGCGCGGAUGACCCUCUCCAGAGCAGCACAUAGAAGAAGCACAGACCUCCGCAGCGUCUCGCAUCAAGCGCAUUAUGCGUCUCCUCAGCUCUCCUCCUAACAUCUCCAGGCAGUAGAUCGCUCCUCGACUCCUCCAGCAGACGCGACCAUGGCUGAAGAGGACAGCGCGAACUUCAGCGUGUUGAGCUGGGAGCAGGUCCAGCGGCUGGACCUCAUCCUGACCGAGAGCAUCCCGAUCCACGGCCGAGGAAACUUCCCGACGCUGCAGAUGAAGCCGCGGCAGAUCGUGACGGCGGUGCGGAGCCGCAUGCGGGAGCAGCGCAUCCAUGUGCGGGACGUGCGUCUCAACGGGUCCGCCGCCAGUCACGUCCUGCACGGGGACAGCGGGCUCGGCUAUAAGGACCUGGACCUCAUAUUCUGCGUGGACCUGAAGGGAGAGACGGAGUUUCAGAUCGUCAAGAACAUAGUGCUGGACUGUCUGCUGGACUUCUUACCUGAUGGACCUCCUGAAAUACUGCCAUCUUCUGGUCAGGGGUUUCCGAGCCGCCUCCGAGUCCGAGAUGAAGUCUUUCCAGCGCUACAUGUGCUCCCGCUUCUUCAUCGACUUCUCGGACAUCAGCGAACAACAGCGCAAGCUGGAGUCUUACCUCCAGAACCACUUUGUGGGCUUGGAGGACCGCAAGUACGAUUAUCUGACGACGCUUGUGGGUGA